AUGAACCGCGUUGAUUUAAUCGCAGAAAUUAACCGGAUCGGAUGGUCAACACCGUUCGCCCGUCAUUUAAUAAUCACUUGUGGCAUGAUCUUCUUUACCGCAGGCUAUGUUGUGAGUUCUGGGAACCUCCUCCCCCUCGCACUACCAACAGUCUACAGCAGCGCUAAUUAUAAAAAUGCCGAGGCCGCUAAGAUAUCUCUUUGUGUGGGCAUGCUCAUCGGACAAUUGGUCUUUGGGGUGAUUGGAGAUUUAUACGGAAGACGAAGAGCAUGCAACUUAACCUUAAUGCUCAUAUUGGCCGGCACGUUGUCGAGUUGUGUUUUGGGGGAUGGCCCUGGUUUGCGGAUCACCACUAGUUUGGUAAUAAUUCGAGGCCUUCUGGGUAUCGGCAUUGGUGGGACAUAUCCCACAGCUAUACUUACGGUUUCAGAGUUCGCUCCGACCGAUCAAAGGCCAACAAGGCUGGCCACUAUUUUCCUGGCAUAUAUAUGCGGUUCUUUCACCGCGCUUUCAAUAUCUGCUGCGGCCCUGGCCGGAUCAAAUCAAAUUGAUAGCAUAUGGCGCCUCGUUAUUGGCCUUGGUCUUGUUCCCGGAAUUACGGCUCUUGGACUUUGUCGACUGCGGCGAAUUCCAGAAACUCCAUAUUAUAAGGCGGACGUCGAACGCGAUUUCGUUGCAGCCAACGAGAUCGUUGAUUACGCUCUAGAAAAAAGAAAGCACCUGAAUAGACGCGACCCAGUACGAUACAACGGGGGAAUACUAUUAUGGAGUAGGGGGCUUUUCCGCUACAUGCGCAAAGAUUUCCGGACAUAUGUUGCGAUAUGUGGCGCUUGGUUUAUUGUAGAUGCGGCCGCAUAUGGCUAUCGUUCGGAUAUCCGGCUGAGGGAUAUCAACCUCAACCAGAAUGUUGGGGAACAGGAUAUUCACAGCUUGUUAAUGCAAGUUAGCACUAGUAGUGUUAUUCGUGUGUCCCUUGGUUCUAUAUUAGGGGCCUCGGCGACUCUCAUCUACUUCAUAUACUAUUCAUCGCGCAAAGCGAUAAUGUAUUUUGGAUUUGUUGCAUCGGCCAGUCUGUUUGUCGUUUUCGGAUUCUUCUCGGGCCAGGUGGGGAACAUCCCCUAUUUAACUAUCUCUACGAUGGUGAUGUUUGUCCAGAAUUUUGGGCCUAAUGCGCUAACAUUUAUUGUCGCUGCGGAACUGUGGCCCACACAAUACCGUUCAACUUCCUACGGGAUUGCGGCUGCGAGUGGUAGAUUAGGGACCAUUACCACAUACACCAUCUUUACAUGGUUUUCUGUGGAUGGCGACAAGACUUUAAUAGGGCCUCUUAGUCUUGCUAUCCUUAUGAUGUUUGGCCUCGGUAUCACAAGACCAAUAGAUCAAGAGUCGAUAACAACAAAGUACGAUCGGGCUAGGACAGUGUCGGCAAAAAUGUAA